CCGACUCAACUUCAAAGUUGACAGAUAAUCAAAGUGACAAAUCAGUCGUAGUCAAAAUUCAUCGUACUCUCCAGAAUGGAUUACAGGGCUCAUUGUCCUAAACUACCGUGGAUGAUAGACUUUCAUAGUAAUGAAGAGAAAGACGUUCUUAACACACAGUAUCAAGCUGCAUUCGCUGAUACUUCUCUUAAAUAUCUCAGCUCUUUGAACAUCAAGUCCAAACCGUCCCGAUUCAGGUCAACCCAACUGAUCGCCAGUAUUCCUGCUAAUGUAACGUGCAACAAUAUAGAUGACAUGCUAACUGCGGGGAUGCGGGUGGCUCGGAUAACAGGUACUAAACUUGAAAAAAUCAAAGAAACAUUGUCCAAGGUUAGAGUCAUCAACGAAAAUUUCAGCAGGAGGCUGGGUAGAGUUUAUCCCUUGGGAAUAGCGAUGGAGAUUAGUGGACCAGAGAUCCGAAUAGGUAACUUGAAAGGUUCCGCUAAAAAACUCUACCUCCAGAAGGGCAAGUUCACCAAGUUAACCACCGAGCCUUCAUAUGAAGACUUCGUCACCGAAGACAUGAUCUACAUCGACUACGAGAAACUUCCAGAGGUAGUUCAGCCAGGAGACAAAGUUAUUCUGGACAACGGAUCUGUAACCCUCACAGCGCUGGAAUGCGUGGAAAGCAUCAUCAACUGCAUAGUAGACAAAGCUGGAGUCUUACUUAGCCACGCUUCUGUAGUCGUUCCAAAUGCGCCCAUCGAGUUACCUCAAAUAUCAGCUAACGAUAAGGAGUUGAUGGGGGUGGCUAUAGGAGAAUGUGUGGAUUUCUUGUUCAUUUCUGGUAUCUACAAUAAAGAAGGUAUCAUGGAUGUGAGGGAUUUACUGGGGCAGGGAGGGGAAACGAUUCAGAUUGUUGCCAAAAUUGGUGUUUCUGCUGCGAUUGCAAAUAUCGACGAGAUCAUUGAAGCCUCUGAUGCUAUUUGUAUAGACUGCGAGAGGUUGAUGGUGGAAUUGCCUAAGGAGAAGGUAUUUCUGGUGCAGAAAUCUAUACUGGCAAAGUGCAACAUAGCGGGCAAGCCAGCGAUAUCUACCAUUCACAUAGCAGACUCAAAAACUGUCUCAAAGUCAGAAAUAUCCGACAUAGCAAACGCCAUCAUAGACGGAUCUGACGCUUUGCUACUGGCGAGAGAAGCAUGUACAAAGAAAAUUCUCAGCACGGUUAAUAAUAUUUGCAAGGAAGCGGAGCCUGCUGUCCACCAGAAGCAAGUAUUCAAUGAGCUCAUCGGCAGUAUCUCGUCACCCAUGGAAGCCAUUUAUUCUUUGGGGAUCUCGGUGGUAGAAGCAGCUUCGAAAACGAAUGCGGCUGCUAUUAUUUGUUUAACAUCUUCCGGUAGGACUGCGAAAAUAUUGGCAAGGUUCAGGCCAAGGUGUCCCGUCAUAGCAGUCACAAGGUAUGGCAGGAUAGGCCGAAUGCUCGGAAUAUACAAAGCUAUGGAACCUAUUAUCUACCUAAGACCAUUCAACCAGAAUUGGACCAAAGAUGUGGAUGACAGAAUACAACUGGGGGUGACUUACGGAAAAUAUGUUGGAUACAUAAGAAUGGGGGAUGCGCUCAUUACAGUUACCCCUUCCAGACCUGAUUGCGGGAUGGCCAAUACAAUGAAAGUAAUUUAUGCGUCAGAUUUUGAUGCACUGCCAAAGAAAAAGCCGUUUUGAUCCACUACAUUUUUUCGACUAUGUAAAUGACCAUGCUGAUUUUUUUUAUUAAACUUUCGAUGACAGUGA